UUAUAUAAUCAAAUUGCAACAAGCUGUGGGGGUACCUACACGUGUGUCUGUUAGUGUUAUUUGUAAGAAGAAAAAAAUGUCGCACAAAUCUGGAACUGUACCUCUACAUGAGGCCUGCAAGCCUAAACUUAUAGCUCAAGUUGACCAGAAAAAGGGUGGUGUUAACACAGUAGUAAUGACUAAUUAUAAAUGUGACAAAAAUGAGGUAACUGUGCCCUCUGCUAAUGGCUCUACAGUACCUUUGGUUGAUUCUGCACGAAGAGAUGAAGAAUUGGGGGAUUAUGACCCGUUUGCAAAUCGUAAACUGGAUCAUCCCACAUCGGAUUUGGAUACCUUGAUUCAUUUACUAAAGGGAAGCUUAGGCAGUGGAAUAUUAGCUAUGCCAAUGGCUUUUGCCAACGCUGGAUUAUUCUUUGGAUUGUUUUGUACAUUCGCGAUUGGUUUAAUUUGUACAUACUGCGUACAUGUACUGGUAAAAAGUGCACAUGCUUUAUGCCGAAGGAAUCGAGUACCAGCUUUAGGUUACGCAGAAGUAGCUGAAGCUGCUUUCUUAGCAGGUCCACGAGCUGUCCGACAAUGGGCCAAAUUUGCCAAAGCCAUGAUUAACCUUUUUCUUGUAAUAGAUCUUUUGGGCUGUUGCUGCGUAUAUGUACUGUUUGUCGCAGAAAACAUCAAACAGGUCGUCGAUAAUUAUACUGAGAAAGAUACACAUCAAGAUAUAAAAAUAUAUAUGGCUGCUCUGCUUCCGCUUUUGAUACUUGUCAAUCUCAUAAGAAAUUUGAAAUAUUUAUCACCGUUAUCAAUGAUUGCCAAUAUUCUAGUUGCGACAGGCAUGGGCAUCACCUUUUACUAUCUCAUAUCGGAAAUGCCUGCCCUUGAUGAAAGGCCAUUUAUAGUUGAUAUCACAAAACUUCCUAAAUUUUUUGGUACCGCUAUAUUCGCUUUAGAAGGUAUUGGUGUAGUAAUGCCAUUGGAAAACAACAUGAAAACUCCUACCCACUUUAUCGGGUGUCCCGGUGUCUUAAACACUGGAAUGAGUGUUGUAGUUAUGCUUUAUGCCACCACUGGGUUCCUUGGAUAUCUUAGAUAUGGACAAGAUACGAUGGGUAGCAUUACGUUGAAUCUUCCCCAGGAUGAAAUAUUGGGCCAGUCUGUGAAACUGAUGAUCGCUGUAGCUGUGUUUUUCACGUAUGCCUUACAAUUUUACGUGCCAAUGGAAAUUAUUUGGAAGAGUUUGAAGAGUUUGUUUGUCAAGAGACCAAACUUGUCAGAAUAUUCAAUUAGAAUUUCGUUAGUUAUCUUAACUGUAAUCAUUGCCAUUCUUGUGCCAGAUUUAGAAGGUUUUAUAUCUCUAGUAGGAGCUUUAUGCCUUUCCAUGUUAGGACUGAUUUUCCCUGCCAUUAUUGAUUUGAUCACGUUUUAUGAAAAACCUGGCCUUAAGUGGCGGUUACCGAAAAAUAUUUUCCUAAUCUUGUUUGGGUUUGUAGGAUUCGUAACAGGAACAUACGUUAGUAUUCAAGGAAUCAUUGAAAAAUCGUCCUCGAGUUCAUAAUUUGGCGGUUUUCUAUCGUCUCUAGUGCAAAGGGUCAUUGCAUAAGUUAUUACUCUUCAAGGGCCUGUUAACAAUCUUCAACCUUUAUCGUGUAGGUAUAUUUUUUAACAAUCUAACAAGCCUUGUUUCUAUAAUACCACUCCAGGAGUUUAAUAAUCGGCUGGAAACCGAUUAUUUUCAAAAUUAAUUAUACAAGUAAAAAGACCUUUACUUUUUGGAUUGUCUACGUUAUAGGUUUAGAUUUGAAUUAAGCAAAGCACUGAAGGGGACGGUUAGAAAACGCUUUAUUAUAUAGUGUUAAAAAUGUAGACUGCAAGUACAAUCUGUGAUUGCCAAGUAACAUAAUGUUUAUUUCAUGACCCUCGAUUUUUUCGCAUUGAUUCCUUUUUAAAGUUUGUUUUUGUUUUUUCUUUUUUGUUUAUAUAGUGAGACAUUCAUAAUCAUUCAGUUAUUUAUAUGUAUCAUUGUGAUUUUCUUAGAAAAUAAGUUGACUAACCGCUUAAGCUGUAAUAUUUUUUGUGAGUUUUUGUUAUACAAAUGAAAUAGACUCCAGUGAAGGCUCACAAUGAAAUAAUUGCAGUUUAUUAUAAUAAAAGCAGUAUUUAGUUCCAAAGGAACUGUGACUUGAUGGUGCCUUAUAUAAACUUCCUCAUCUGGUUUUUUCCAGAAGAGGAGCACAGUAAACAAAGAAUGUUGUUAAAAGGUGUAUUUUAGGUAUAAUAUUUUAUGUUCCUUAAAGUUGAAGUGUUAAAUCGUAUAUAUCGUUCACGAAUGUAAAAUUUUAAUUUUAGAUUUUUUACAGGUACAGUUUCCAUAUUACCAAGUUUAUGUAUUAAGCAUUUUGAUCACCCGUUCUAUUAUUUUUCCCAGUUUUUUAAUCUUUAAUUUAAGCACUUCAACUAAGAUCUGAUUCUUGUGACGUUAUUUUGUUUUAAAUAAAUAUAUGUUUAAUACAUAAUUGAUGUUUAAUACAUAAAUUUAAGUAAUAAAUCGAAUUAAGUCAGGAGUUCCCAUUUACUUUUAUUAUCUUGAUAUUGAGUAACAGUAAAGUCGUGGUUUUUGAUUA